GAAGAUAUCGAUCGCCGCUCGCAAGCUUCAACCAACCAGGAGAGCCGAGGAUUGAGAAGACGAGGUUGGUACUAUCUACUUUCAAUGGGACGGAUCCAAAUGCAUGGUUGAACCAAGCGAUGCAGUACUUCAACAUCAACGAGAUCCAUCAACCCGACUGGGUUCAGUAUGCUGCGUACUACCUUGACGGCGAGGCAAACAUUUGGUGGCAAUGGCUUUCAAGCAUCUACCAAGACAGAAACGAGCAAAUACGGUGGGAAGACUUUGAAAAAAAGCUCAUCGCGAGGUUCGGGGUUUCGGAUUACCAUAAUUAUGAUGAGGCUCUAUCACACAUUAAGAAAACGGGUAGCGUAAGUGAAUUUCAACGGGAGUUCGAACGCUUAGCUUGUCGUGUACGUGGGUGGCCCGAGAGGGCGCUUGUUGGGGCAUUCAUCGGCGGUCUAAAAUUUGAUCUCGCUGCAGAAGUUCGAUUGGAGAGGCCUUCAACAAUGCGAGAGGCUAUAGAAAUUGCACGAAGGAGGGAUGAUCACUUGUCCGCGACUCAAAAAGCUAGACGUGGGGACAAAAAUCCCACCGAACCUUCUCGCACGGCGUUGGAUGCGCAUAUGAGGAAUCGAAGAGAAAAAGGGCAAUGUUACAAGUGUGGAGAAAGAUUCACACCGGGUCAUCGAUGCAAGCAAGCAUACAUGAUACAAGUGGUCGAUUCCGAUGAUGAGGAGGAACUCAAGGAAGUGGAAACGAGGCACUACAUCAAGGAGGACUUGGAAAUUUCGGUUAAUGCAAUGUUGGGAGUGCAAGGGCCGAGAACCAUUAAGUUGCCCGCCUCAGUCCGAGGGCGAUCUAUUGAGGUGUUAGUUGAUAUUGGGUCGUCCCACAAUUUCAUUAGUGCCAUAUUAGUGGACGCAUUGAAGUUACUGGCAACAAAGGUGGAUCCAUUUGAUGUAAGGGUUGUCAACGGGGAAAAGCUACGAUGCCAUAAGUACUAUCGAGACGUACCCAUCAAUCUUCAAGGCGAGACCAUCAAGGCCGACCUCUACUCAUUACCGUUGGUAGGUCCUGACAUAGUUCUUGGGGUACAAUGGUUAGAAGGACUUGGAGAAGUCAAAACAAAUUAUAAAGAGGGGAUAAUGAAAUUUUAUUUGGAAAAGAGAUUGAUCAUAUUGAAGAUCAAACUGAGGGGAACGGUUAAAGGUACGGAGUUAAGGUUUCUAGAGCUAAUGGAUGAAGAGAACAAGCACAAGAGGCGUAUCCCGAUCCUUGAGGACAAGGAUGUGCUUAAAGGGGGCGGGAAUGAUACGGAAGUAGUCAUCGACCCUACCAAGCCUGAGCACGGGUCGACGCGGAUGCGGGAUAGUCGAUGGGAGUUUUUUGCAAAGGAGCAGCGUGCAUGGUGCUUGGAGGAUAUGCUGAAUGGCGCGCAGGGGGUGGACGUUGGGACGUUGGCCCGCGCAAGGGACUGCUAUGGAUGGGCUCUGGGCGACGGGGCACCAGGCGACACGCGCGGGGCGCUGAGCGAGAGCGAGGGUAGCGAUGGGGCGCGGGGCGUGCGCAAUAAGCGCGAGGUGGUCACGCAGGCGAAGGAUGCGAUCGCAUGCGCACGGGCAAGGAGAGACAUGACAAGGAUGAAUAGCCUAAUCCUCAUAGGAAUAGACAAG